CACCAACAGCUUUUUCCUCUGACCAGUUUGACAUCCUUCACCUUCAGGUAUUAAGUCAUGAUGCAGGAAUCUGCGACAGAGACAAUAAGCAACAGUUCAAUGAAUCAAAAUGGAAUGAGCACUCUAAGCAGCCAAUUAGAUGCUGGCAGCAGAGAUGGAAGAUCAAGUGGUGACACCAGCUCUGAAGUAAGCACAGCAGAACUGCUGCAUCUGCAACAACAGCAGGCUCUUCAGGCAGCAAGACAACUUCUCUUACAGCAGCAAACAAGUGGAUUGAAAUCUCCUAAGAGCAGUGAAAAACAGAGACCACUGCAGGAAUUGCUUCCAGAAACAAAAUUAUGUGUCUGUGGCCACUCUUCUGGUGAUGGGCAUCCUCACAACACAUUUGCAGUGCCUGUGUCAGUGGCCAUGAUGACUCCCCAGGUGAUCACCCCUCAGCAAAUGCAGCAGAUCCUUCAGCAGCAAGUCCUGUCUCCUCAGCAGCUCCAAGCCCUUCUCCAGCAGCAGCAGGCAGUCAUGCUGCAGCAGCAACAACUACAAGAGUUUUACAAGAAACAGCAAGAGCAGUUACAUCUUCAGCUUUUGCAGCAGCAGCAACAGCAGCAGCAGCAACAGCAGCAGCAACAGCAGCAGCAGCAACAGCAGCAGCAACAGCAGCAACAACAACAGCAGCAGCAGCAGCAACAGCAGCAGCAGCAGCAACAGCAUCCUGGAAAGCAAGCAAAAGAGCAGCAACAGCAGCAGCAACAGCAGCAGCAGUUGGCAGCCCAGCAGCUUGUCUUCCAGCAGCAGCUUCUCCAGAUGCAACAACUCCAGCAGCAGCAGCAUCUGCUCAGCCUUCAGCGUCAGGGACUCAUCUCCAUUCCACCUGGCCAGGCGGCACUUCCUGUCCAAUCGCUGCCUCAAGCUGGCUUAAGUCCUGCUGAGAUUCAGCAGUUAUGGAAAGAAGUGACUGGAGUUCACAGUAUGGAAGACAAUGGCAUUAAACAUGGAGGGCUAGACCUCACAACUAACAAUUCCUCCUCGACUACCUCCUCCACCACUUCCAAAGCAUCACCACCAAUAACUCAUCAUUCCAUAGUGAAUGGACAGUCUUCAGUUCUAAAUGCAAGGCGAGACAGCUCGUCACAUGAGGAGACUGGGGCCUCUCACACUCUCUAUGGCCAUGGAGUUUGCAAAUGGCCAGGCUGUGAAAGCAUUUGUGAAGAUUUUGGACAGUUUUUAAAGCACCUUAACAAUGAACAUGCAUUGGACGACCGAAGCACUGCCCAGUGUCGAGUGCAAAUGCAGGUGGUGCAACAGUUAGAAAUACAGCUUUCUAAAGAACGCGAACGUCUUCAAGCAAUGAUGACCCACUUGCACAUGCGACCCUCAGAGCCCAAACCAUCUCCCAAACCUCUAAAUCUGGUGUCUAGUGUCACCAUGUCGAAGAACAUGUUGGAGACAUCCCCACAGAGCUUACCUCAAACCCCUACCACACCAACGGCCCCAGUCACCCCGAUUACCCAGGGACCCUCAGUAAUCACCCCAGCCAGUGUGCCCAAUGUGGGAGCCAUACGAAGGCGACAUUCAGACAAAUACAACAUUCCCAUGUCAUCAGAGAUUGCCCCAAACUACGAAUUUUAUAAAAAUGCAGAUGUCAGACCUCCAUUUACUUAUGCAACUCUCAUAAGGCAGGCUAUCAUGGAGUCAUCUGACAGGCAGUUAACACUUAAUGAAAUUUACAGCUGGUUUACACGGACAUUUGCUUACUUCAGGCGUAAUGCAGCAACUUGGAAGAAUGCGGUACGUCAUAAUCUUAGCCUGCACAAGUGUUUUGUUCGAGUAGAAAAUGUUAAAGGAGCAGUAUGGACUGUGGAUGAAGUAGAAUACCAGAAGCGAAGGUCACAAAAGAUAACAGGAAGCCCAACCUUAGUAAAAAAUAUACCUACCAGUUUAGGCUAUGGAGCAGCUCUUAAUGCCAGUUUGCAGGCUGCCUUGGCAGAGAGCAGUUUACCUUUGCUGAGUAACCCUGGCCUGAUCAAUAAUGCAUCUAGUGGCCUACUGCAGGCGGUCCAUGAAGACCUCAAUGGUUCCCUGGAUCACAUUGACAGCAAUGGGCACAGCAGUCCGGGCUGCUCACCUCAGCCGCACAUACAUUCAAUCCACGUCAAGGAAGAGCCAGUGAUUGCAGAGGAUGAAGACUGCCCAAUGUCCUUAGUGACAACAGCUAAUCACAGUCCAGAAUUAGAAGACGACAGAGAGAUUGAAGAAGAGCCUUUAUCUGAAGAUCUGGAAUGAGAACUGACUUGUGAAACCUCAGCGUGAAGGGACAUAUCACUGACCUUCAUAACCACUCCA